AUGCCUGCAGCAACAACGGAUUGCCCACCUUUCCUACCAAAGCGCGACUUUGUAGGUUACGGCUGGGAUACGCCUGGCGAUUGUUGGCCCAACAGUGCCAAGAUUGCGGUUAGUUUCGUGAUCAACUUUGAAGAAGGUGGAGAGAGUACUCUUGCCAAUGGCGACGAAUACUCAGAGGGAUAUCUCCAUGAAGCUUUUCAUAAAGUUCCAUUGAAAGGCAAAAGGGACCAACAGCUGGAGACGAUGUUUGAAUAUGGUAUCCGCCAGGGGUUGCCGCGAAUCUUACGCCUGUUUGAUAAAUAUGGCUACAAGUUCACCACACACGCAGUAGCCAGGGCGAUAGAGGUUGCGCCUCAGUAUGGAAAACUCUUACCGAAGUUAGGCCAUGAAAUAGCUUGCCACGGAAACAAAUGGCGCUCGUUCUUUACUGCUUCUCCCGAGGAGGAAGCCGCACACGUAUCCGAGGGCAUAGAACGUCUUCAGCGCCUUACUGAAGACAAGAGUGUACCUAGCGGAUGGUACCUUGGUCGCGGAAGUAACCAAAGCACCAGAAUCAUUGCACGAGAGCAUCACAAACGUGGCAUACCUUUGCUCUAUAGUUCCGACACCUACGCGGACGAUCUUCCGUACUGGGUUGAAAGUCCUCUAGCAUCCGAGGGUGUUGAGGAUGAAGGAUUACUCAUGAUACCUUACAGCUUAGACUGCAAUGAUCACCGAUUCCUUUGUAAUGGAUCCGGAUGGUCAAGUUCCGAUGACUUCUUUUGGCAUAUGAAGGAGACAUUUGAUUACCUCUACGAAGAGGGCGUCGAGGGAAGGCCCAAGAUGAUGACCAUUGGCCUUCAUAACCGCAUUAUUGGAAGACCGGGCCGAUUUCGCUGUCUUCAGAAGUUUAUGGCAUACAUCUCUCAGAAGCCAGAUGUAUGGGUUGCGAGACGAGACGAGAUUGCUCGCCAUUGGCGCGAAAAAUACCCUUACACUGGUCCACUCAACAAAGCGUGAAAAGGCAAAGACUGCAAUGCUUUUGUAACAAUACUCUGAGUCAAAGUGAGGUUGCCUAUGCAGUCGCCGUAGAUCCCGUAUAAGCAUGUAUGGUCUCAUCCGCACAGCCUGCCGGAGUGUUGUAAUCAUAGUACCCCAAGUUCACGUAUACAAUGAGAUUGCCUUCAUCAUCUGGGCAUACGUACCAAGC